GCGCGGCCCCGCUUAGUCGGAACGGACGUCUCCGUAGCGGGCUGUCGGGGAGGUGUCUGCUGGGAAGAAACAGCCGGAGGCGCGCCACUUUCGCUUUUGGAGGAGGGGGGGGUGGAAGCCCAGGCGUUUUUCUUCCGACUCGAGAGCUUCAGAAGGGUCCAAAGGGAAGCCCGGAGAGCGGCCGCCAACAUGGAGGUGCAGAAAGAAGCGCAGCGUAUUAUGACGAUGUCGGUGUGGAAGAUGUAUCACUCGCGCAUGCAGCGCGGAGGCCUCCGACUCCACCGCAGCCUGCAGCUCUCCCUCGUGAUGAGGAACGCCCGCGACCUCUACCUCUCGGCCAAGCUGGAGGAAGAGGAGGAGAUGGGCGGAGGAAGCGUGGAAAAUUUUCCUGGGCGGCAGCCGGACCUAGACCUACAAGAGACGGCGCCCGGCCCGCAGCAUCUGGAGGAUCCUCCGGCAAUCCUCUUCCCCCCAGCCCAACAGGAGGCGCCUCCACCCACGCCACAGCCCUGCGGCAGCCUGGAUCCGGAACCUAUGGAAACCCAGGAGGGGCCCGGUAGCAGCUUGCCCGCGCAUUCCUUGACCCAGACGGCUUGGAGCCGGGGCGCCUCGGGGCCUCUGCCAGUCAGCAGGAAGCCGAGCCGCAAGCGCCGCAGCAGCAGCCUAGGCAAGAUUGGCGCCGCCGAAGCCGGCCUGGUGCCUAGCAAGAAGGCGAAGUUGGCGGAGGAGGAGGGCGAGCGGCAGCCCCAGAGGCAAGAAGGGCCCUUUCCGAGCUUAGCCCGAAUCCUGCAGGACCGGUUCUCUAGCUUGAUCCUCCAGCCUCCGCCGGCCAAAGGCUCCGAGGAGCCCAAAGCGAACUGCAGACAAGGCGACGGCGUGCUGAGCAUAAUGGUGAGGGCCGUGGUAGCCUUCUAAAGCGCCCCCGCCGGGGACUCGUAGCUGAAAACUUCUCCCCGCGGAGAAGCGGGGCCUGCGGAAGCCCCUCUCUGGGCAGAGGAGCUCAGUGCCGCCUGUCUCCUCGGUGGCGGGACUUUGGCGGCGGGAGGCUGACGGUGGCGCGGGGAGCCCGAGUGAGGCCUUUUCCCCCCCCCGUCCUCCUCCCCCUGCGAGUUUAGGCGAGAGACGCUCUGGUGACUCGGAAAGAAGGCGAGACAAAAGGCCGAGCGACGGCUGGCCGCGGAGGGCGCUCCCUGAAACUGGGACGCGGUGGCUGAGCGCCGAAAGAGGAACUGGUCACGCCAGCGCGAACGUCGCUGUUCCUGGAAGAGAAGAGGCUGAGAACUUGGGGUGUAGGGGUGGGGUGGGGGAGGGGGAAAUGAAGUCGUUUCCAAGAAAAGGGGAAAGACUCAACAAAAACCCGUCAGGCCUUUCAAAGCCUGAUCUGGGUGGAAAGCAACCACUAUCUGCUGCGUGCACUUUUUUUUUUACUUUUGGUGCUAGUUCGAGAAUAACGCUGAGUUUAUUUUCGAUAACGCUUUUGCGUUAACUUAAAUUGCCAGUUCUAGGUUGAGGAUUCUCCCUCCUCUCUUUUCUGAAAGAGGCUUUCUUAGGCAGCCGGGGCUUGUUCCCUCAAGGGUUAAACAGCCCUGCUGAGAGCUUUUGAAGAAAAGCAGCUUUUGUCAGCUCCACUCCUUAGAUAUUGGGGGGGGGGACUACCCAGCAUUCUUUUGCUCAGGGCCAUCCCUUUUUUCUUAUCUAGUAAUUAAGGGUGAUCGAGUGGCCUGUUUCUUUGUGCCAGAAAUGCUCUCUUAAACCUGAUUAGUCUUGCCAAAGCAUCCGUGGCGAGAGGAGCAGGAAGGAGAGGGGGGAAACGGACCAGUCAUACUAGUAUGACACAUCUCUCAUAUGAUGAGCAUUUGCAUUACUCUGGGUCCAGGAGUGCAGGGGAUUUCCUGUUCAUGUUGCCUUAGCAGUAUAUGUGAGUGUGUGUUUGUGGCGGCUGUGUUUUUUUUUUAAAGGUGUGGGUGGAGCUCGUGAACAGAGGGAGAGGAAGAUGAUUGGCAUUUUUGUAAGAUGUCAUCUCAAACUUGCUGGUGGUUUUCCUAGGUGACUGGCACUGUUGACUUGUUUGGGACAGUGAUGAGGAAUAAUGUUGUGAUAUUCAUAAAAGAUGGUUCUCCUCGUUAUCCAGCUUGGAUUAUUUUAUACCUAAAAAAGAGCAGUGAAACCUGUACUGUACUAUGAUCCUUAUAUUGAAGUGUUUUGUAAGGUCUUUUUUCUUAAAACAAAAAUCAAGUCAUUCUGUGGAAUUCCAUACCACGUUUUCUUUUGUUCAAGAACUGCUGCUUUGUUUGCACAAAUUUUGAAGCAGUUCCCAUUGUACCAGAGUUAAUGUGUUAUGAGGUAUAUGUGUGUGCAAUCUAGCUGUACAGUUUGGAACAUAAAAUGUUAUGUGUUCCUGAAGUGCUGGUUUCAUAAAACUAGCUGUAGAUUGUUCACUGUUAUGGUACUUUGUUACAUGUAUGUAUCUUACAUUUUUCUUUUGCCUUGAAGAGGGCAGAAAACCUCAAGCUUUUGUUUCUUACCAUUCAUGGUAAUUAAUAUUUUGAUUAGUAAAAUAAAGAUUUUUUAAAAAAAAA